GAGUCCAUUCCUGCUGAUAUGGUCUUAUUGGGGACAAGCGAUCCGAGUGGGCUCGCCUAUAUUCAGACAAUGAAUUUGGAUGGAGAAUCGAAUUUGAAGACGAGGUAUGCCAAGCAGGAAACGGCUUCUGCAGUAUCGUCAGAGGUUUGUGAUGUUUCUGGUAUUAUUAGAUGCGAGCAGCCGAACAGGAAUAUUUAUGAGUUCACAGCUAAUAUAGAGUUCAAUGGAAUUAAGUUUUCCCUUAGCCAGUCAAACAUUGUCCUGCGAGGUUGCCAACUGAAGAACACGGAUUGGAUAAUUGGUGUUGUGGUUUAUGCAGGACAGGAAACAAAAGCCAUGCUGAACAGUGCGGCUUCUCCUUCCAAGAGAAGCAGACUGGAAUGUUAUAUGAAUAGAGAAACCCUUUGGUUGUCAAUUUUUCUUUUUAUCAUGUGUUUGGUUGUGGCCCUUGGGAUGUGUCUUUGGCUGGUACGCCACGAAAACCAGCUUGAUACCUUGCCUUACUACAGAAAAAGAUACCUCAACAAUGGCCCGGAUAAUGGAAAGAAAUAUAAGUUUUAUGGGAUACCAAUGGAAGCGUUUUUCUCCUUUUUGAGUUCUGUUAUAGUGUUUCAGAUAAUGAUACCCAUAUCUCUUUACAUCACAAUGGAGUUAGUUAGAUUGGGUCAGUCAUACUUCAUGAUUGAAGACUUGGAUAUGUAUGACGCUAACUCUGGAUCAAGGUUUCAGUGUAGAUCAUUAAAUAUAAAUGAAGAUUUGGGUCAAAUACGCUAUGUAUUUUCAGACAAAACAGGAACACUAACUGAAAACAAGAUGGAAUUCCGGAGGGCUAGUGUAAAUGGGAAGAAUUAUGGGAGCUCCUUGCUUACUGCUGAUAAUAAUUCAGCAGCAGAUAUUCCUAAACAGAGAUGGAAGCUCAAAUCUGAAAUUGCAGUUGAUCCCAAAUUAAUGAUUAUGUUGCAUAAAAACUCAAAUAGAGAUGAAAGAAUAACUGCCCAUGAGUUUUUUCUUACAUUGGCUGCUUGUAAUACUGUGAUUCCUAUACUUAGUGAUGGUGUAUUUUCUGGUUGUGGAACAAGUAAAUCAAACGAAUUUGUCAAAUGCAUUGAUUACCAGGGAGAAUCCCCUGAUGAACAAGCUCUAGUUUCUGCAGCCUCUGCAUAUGGAUAUACUCUUUUUGAACGGACAUCUGGACAUAUUGUUAUUGACAUCAACGGUGAGAAACUCAGAUUGGACGUAUUGGGCCUGCAUGAGUUUGAUAGUGUUCGAAAGAGGAUGUCCGUUGUUAUUAGGUUUCCUGACAAUGUUGUUAAGGUGCUAGUCAAAGGCGCUGAUACUUCAAUGUUUAGCAUUUUGGCAAAUGGUAGUGAGAGCAGCAAUAGCUUAUUGCAAGCAACUCAGAGCCAUUUGAGUGAAUAUUCUUCACAAGGUUUGCGCACCCUUGUAGUUGCCUCUAGAAGUCUUUCUGAUGCUGAACUUAGGGAAUGGCAAAGUAGGUAUGGAGAAGCAAGCACCGCGUUAACCGACAGAGCUACUAAACUACGUCACACGGCAGGUCUUAUAGAAUGCAAUUUAAAUCUACUUGGAGCAACCGGAAUUGAGGACAAGCUGCAAGAAGGUGUACCAGAAGCCAUUGAGUCCCUGCGGCAAGCUGGAAUCAAGGUCUGGGUUCUUACAGGUGAUAAACAAGAGACGGCAAUUUCAAUUGGCCUUUCCUGCAAACUUCUCAGUGCAGAUAUGCAGCAAAUUAUCAUAAAUGGCACCUCAGAGGAGGAAUGCAGAAAUCUUUUGGGCGACGCAAUAGGCAAAUAUGGUGUGAGAUCUUCAAGUAGAGGGCAUCAGAAUCUGAAGCAUAAAACCAGUGCUGAAGAUGGUGAUCUUGAUCUUCCCAAUGGUUCAAAGUCAACGAGUUUGCCCAAGUGGAAUCCAGGAAAGGAAGAAGGAACUACUACUUCAUUGGCACUCAUAAUUGAUGGGAACAGUUUGGUUUAUAUUUUAGAGAAGGAUCUGGAGUCAGAGCUUUUUGACCUUGCAACUUCCUGUAAGGUUGUACUGUGUUGUCGUGUUGCACCCUUGCAGAAGGCUGGAAUUGUUGAUCUGAUAAAGAGCCGCACAGAUGAUAUGACCCUGGCCAUAGGCGAUGGGGCCAACGAUGUGUCAAUGAUCCAAAUGGCAGAUGUCGGUGUUGGAAUAUGUGGGCAAGAAGGACGCCAAGCAGUGAUGGCAUCAGAUUUUGCUAUGGGACAAUUUCAGUUUUUGAAAAGAUUACUUCUUGUUCAUGGCCACUGGAAUUAUCAGCGUGUUGGUUAUUUAGUUCUGUACAACUUCUACCGCAAUGCUGUCUUUGUGUUGAUGUUGUUCUGGUAUAUAUUAUGCACGGCUUUUUCUACAACUUCUGCAUUAACAGAUUGGAGUAGUGUAUUCUAUUCUGUGAUAUACACAUCUGUACCCACAAUUUUUGUUGGCAUUUUGGACAAAGACUUGAGUCAUAAGACACUCUUGCAGUAUCCGAAACUGUAUGGUACUGGUUACAGGCAAGAAGCUUAUAAUAUGCAAUUAUUUUGGAUCACAAUGAUUGACACAGUAUGGCAGAGCCUUGUUCUCUUUUACACGCCGUUGUUCACCUAUAAGGAUAGUUCGAUUGAUAUAUGGAGCAUGGGAAGCUUGUGGACAAUUGCAGUUGUUAUCCUUGUAAAUGCACACCUGGCUAUGGACAUCAACCGUUGGCUCUUAAUUACUCAUCUUGCUGUCUGGGGAUCCAUAAUCAUAACAUAUGGUUGCAUGGUGAUAUUGGAUUCCAUACCUGCCUUUCCUAAUUACUGGACUAUUUAUCAUCUGGCAAGGUCUCCUACAUACUGGAUAACAAUUUUGCUUAUAAUAAUCGUGGCAUUGCUACCUCGCUUUACUUGCAAAGUUGUUUACCAAAUCUUCUGGCCUUCAGAUAUCCAGAUAGCCAGAGAAGCUGAGUUAUUGAGAAAACGACAAAAUCGUUCGCAGUCAAGGCAACAAGGUUCCAGUUAACUUGUGUUACUCUUAUGCCACUUAUAGAACCUAAAGAAAUCUCGAUAUAAAUGGCUUCCCUUGUAUUUGUCCAUCACAAUGCAUUCUUGUGGCAGUUGGUUUUACAAGUUACCAGAUGAGUUGCAGAAGCAGAUUGCAUUGAUAUAAGACAAAUGCUUGAUAUUCUACAUAGUAGCCUGACCUCUUGGAGAAAUCAUAUGAUAAAUCAAGAUGCCAUAGCUAAUAAUUAGCUUGCUGGCUUUUCAAAUGCCUCCAGCCAGAAAAGUAAAUAUGAGUUGAAGGUUGGAAUAGGCUCACGCUAAGGCAUCUCCAGCUAUGGGGGGAAUUUUUUCAGUGGGAUAAUGCAGAGACGACUAUGAUCCAUGGGGUCCAUAGAGAGGUGUGUGAGAGCGUAGAAUGCAACUAAGUGUACAAUAGUUCUGUAAAAAUCAGGUUUAAAAAGGUAUUUUAAGAAGAGAAUGUCUCAAGAAAGCAUAAAAUUAAAGGAAAGAAAAAAGGUAAUUUUCAUAAACCUUGCAAUCCCUUUUUGCAUUGUCAAUUUUUUUUCUGGUCUAUCUUCCAGUCAACCCUCCAAAUGCAAGUCUCAUUAAAGAUGCAUUUAUUUUA